UUGUUAAACUAUAAACAUUUAUUCAUAAAAGCAAUCAAUCAAAUAUUACUUAAAAUAUUAUACAUUAAUGCCAGUUCAGACCAAUGCCGAUAUUACCGCCGGUUUGGUGCAAGUCUUGAGGGGCAAGUUCUUGGCUGAGUUUGCCAUAACUCACGACGAGUUUGACAGUCGAGACAUCGAUAAUAUACGCAACAGUGAUGUUAUUAUUCGCAGAUAUCUCGAGUACAAGAAUGGAAGUAUUGAAGAGUCAUUGAAGAUGUUGACGACUGCCAUGAAGUGGAGAAAGUCGUUUGGUGUCAAUGAUCUCAAGGAGUGUUCGUUUCCGCGCGAAUACUACCAAACGGGUGGUCUCUUUACGUACGGAACCGAUCUGAACGGCGCCCGUCUUAUCAUAUUUCGUGUGAUGUGCAACAAGAAGAUCACUGUUUGGACGGAACAGUUGAAGAAAUUUAUUGUUUAUCUCAUUGAAAAUGAAAGCAUCAAAAUAGCUAAUAAUGAAUGUCCCGGAGUUUGUAUUGUGUUUGACUGUAACGGCGCCGGCAUCUCAAACGUUGACACCGAUUUGCUUUCAUUUAUUGUCCAUAGUUUUCAAGACUAUUAUCCAAUGGUCUUGCAAUCAGUGAUUAUACACGAACUGCCCUUCUUAUUGAACUAUGUCUUCAAAUUGGUGUUGUCGUGGCUGCCGAAAGACCAUCGGGAAGUAUUUCAUUCGGUCAAAAAAGAUGAUAUCAAUCAAUACAUAGCUAGUGAUCAGUUGCCUGAUUUUAUGGACGGAACCAAUGAAAUGCCAUACAAAUUGUAUCCAAAAUCAGCACUAACUGCUCACGAGUUAGCCCCACAGAUUGGUAUUAAUGAUAAAGAUGUGGAAAAGCUGAUCCAACACGUCCAACAGUUUAUCGAUAAAUAAUGAUUUACUGAUUAUUAUUUGUUGUUUUUUAUAUUUAAGUAUUUAUUAAUUUACUUUUAUAUA